CGGCGGAGGGGCGUCGCGCGGCGAUGCGCUGGCGCCGCGCGCCCCCUCGGGAGCCUCGGCCGCCGCAAGAUGCCCGGGAAGCUGAAGAACCGCUACAACCUGGUGGACGACGCGGGCGACGCGCGGGUGCCGCUGCACAACGAGGAAGCCUUCCAGCACGGCAUCCACUUCCAGGCCAAGUACAUUGGUAGUUUGGAUGUGCCAAGGCCCAACAGCCGCAUGGAGAUUGUGGCAGCCAUGAGAAGGAUCCGGUAUGAGUUCAAGGCCAAGAACGUGAAGAAGAGGAAGGUCAACAUUGUCGUCUCGGUGGACGGGGUGAAGGUGCUGCUGCGGAAGAAACAGAAGAGGAAGGAAUGGACCUGGGAUGAGGGUAAAAUGAUGGUGAUGCACGACCCUGUCUAUAGAAUCUUCUAUGUCUCCCAUGACUCCCAAGAUCUCAAGAUCUUCAGUUACAUCGCCAGGGACGGCGCCAACAAUUCCUUCCGCUGCAAUGUUUUCAAGUCCAAAAAGAAGACCCAGGCAAUGCGUGUGGUAAGGACGGUGGGCCAGGCUUUUGAAGUGUGCCACAAGCUCAGUCUGCAGCACGCCCUCCAAAAUGCUGAUGGCCAGGCAGAUGGUGCCAGCAACAAUUCUGCAGAGGAUUCUCAGCUGGAAGGUGAGAAGUUCAGGGGACCUCUGGUGAGCCCCAAGUGGCUUUUCUGGACUGUAAAUCUGAGGAAGGCAAGGAGACUCAGCCGCUUCCUAAAAGAGGAUGAUUUGAGAUGGGAAGAUAAAUUCUUCCAGGCCUCUCCUACAGCAGACAGAAAGCAAAUUCUGGCUCUGCCCCAGCUGGCCGUUGAACGCAGGUCCCCUUUCAAGGCAACCCUCCUCCAAGUUGCCGAGGGCCAGAAUCACCGGCUGGGUCUUCCUCCUCCUGCCUCUGUUGUGUCCCCUGAAGGUCUCCAGCCGCUGGAGCCAGCCUUGGUGGACCGAGACAGAGCCCUGGCCAUCUCGGGAGGGGCAUGCCUGCCCGACUGCAGGGUCUGCGAGCUGCCCUUCUCCGUGCCUGACCUGGGGGACCUGAAAACUGGGCUCAGCCCAAAGGCCGGGAACAGCCAGGAAGAGGAGAACAGCUGUCCUCGGCCCUCCUCGGCCCAGCCGCUGGGCAGCACGGGGAGCCCCUGUUCCUCGGCCUCGGCCACCCCGCUCGCUUCCCAGCACUGCCUUCAGCUGCUCCAGCACCAGCUCUACCAGCAGCAGCAACAGACGCAGGUGGCCAUCGCACAGGUGCAGCUGCUGGAAGACCAGCUGUCGGCCGAGACCACAGCCCGCGUGGAGGCCCAGGCUCGUGUCCGCCAGCUGCUGCUGACCAACCGCGACCUCCUGCAACACGUCUCCUUGCUGGUGAGGCAGCUGAAGGAGCUGGAGAUCAAGGUGCAGCUGCGCCGUCCAGUUGACCGUUCACUGCAGAACUUGAACUUGGACCACUCGCUGUCCCUCAGCCUGACGGACCACUGCAGCCUGGAAAUCAAUUUGUCUUCCACCUCGACCCCAGCCAGCAUAGUGGGCAGCCCCACAAUGCACCUGGCCCCGUAUGAAUGCCACCAGAACUUGGCCAACUUGGAGAAGGGUGGCAGGCCGGAGCAUGACGAACAGCUGGCGGUUCUGGAGGGGCCCGGCGGCCUCCGCAGCGUCGAGGGGUCCGAGGCGGAUGAAUGCAGUGGGCCCAAUGGAAGCACACGGCCAGCGGGCAGCGGCCCAGAGGCACCGGUGCAGAGGGAAAGAUUGCAGCUGUUCAUUCCCAAGCUGAACCCACCUCCACCAACCCUGCGGAGGAGGUCAAGUAAAACCAUCUCUCCCUGCCUGGAGACAGAAAAGGUGGGAGCAGCUACCAGGGCCCCCCCCGAACCCUCGCUGCUCAGUAGCACUGGCAUCUUCCCCAGGUCGGAGCCUGAAGCCGGGACGCCGGGAGGAAGCCAGGACACCAGUGGCCGUGCCAAAACGCAAAGCCAGGAGGGUGCUGGGCAGGAUGCACACUUGCUGGCAAAAGACCCAUGGGAAGCAGUUGACAGCUGGGAUGCCCCACGGCCCUUCUCGGCCACCAAUGAAACCUGCUUGCAUAUCAGUCUGUCUGAGGAUGAGCUGGACACCAACGGGACCUGUGUUGUUCAUGCAUGAAAGUGCUUCAGGGACUGACUGUUGUGUGAAUGCUCUGGUGAUGCAGGACAGGAACCCUGACAUGGUCCAUUAACGCAACGUUGCACAAAAGCGGCAGCUGGGAACCGAGACCGCGGUAUCCAAAUGAAGGCGACCUGGAGGCUCUGAAGCCUUCCUCCCCAGAAGUGGGCAGCUUCUUCCAAGCACCACCUGAAGGCUCCUAGGAAGUUACGCCCAACUUCUUGGUGGGGCCGGCUGGUUUGCAAACUGUGACACCAUCGUGAGAAGGGAAUGUCCAUCAGGAAAACAUUCUUGCCACCUUCACUCCCCCCUGGAGAGGACCUCAGCCCCAGCUGCUGAACACAUGGCCCUGGUGGAGACUGCUCCCAAGGCUCGAACUAGUCCCUGAUAUUUCAGGGACAAAGAGGCCAGGACAGGUAACCGCAGGUGGCCAGGACAGUGCAAAACAAUGGGAGGUUCCACCAUGCAGCCAAUGAAGGUCAAUAUCUGAGAGCUGAGAGAAAGUUACCCCUAGUCUAGCAACGAUUCCCAGCUGCCUCCGUGGAU